UGAUUCUGAAAUUUUUAGAAGUGACUCUGAAGUUGAAACUGUUAAAAGUCAUAAUAUUAUGUCCUUAGAAUACUUGAACAAUACUAUUAAACAAUUGAAAAAAAAAUCAAGAAUAAUAAACAUA